AUGGGGGAUCAAGAUGCCAAAAAGUUCACGACGAUCCGAAAGGCAGACCUGUUAAAAAACUGGCUUGUUGUCUCAGCUGUCAAUAUUCCUGCCGACGAUUCCAGCAACAAGAACGACGAUGCAUCAUACAUUGCUCAACAAGCUGAAGCGAGGAUAGAAGCUCAUGGCCCUCUGCAAGAGAUUCUCUCAAAACGAACGUUACGAUCGGGCAAGGUCAUGUACGAUGUGAGGUGGAACGAUGGCACAAGAACACAGGAAGGCAUUCGUAUGUUGCGUGAAGUGGAUCUCGACAUGCUGAUGGGCUUCCAUGAACGCCUCGAUCUUGACAACAACAGCAGCAGCAGCGGCAGCAGUAGCAGUGGAAGCGUUUACGAAGAAAGACCCUCGAUGCGCAAAUUCGUUGUGGAAGACUCUGAUUCAGACGACAGCUCACAUGAGUAUUCGAAUGCCAACGAUGAACUCGAGAGCUCUGAAGACGACACACCAAGCAGCCAUUCCACACCCGACACCACUCGUAAGAGCAGUCGACCACCUACGAAGGAACCGAAGAAGACGCGGCACUUUGAUUUGGAAAUACCACCCGUUGUUCAGCAGCAGAAAGGGCCUAUGGCAGCUGUACCAUACUACACCAAUCGACCUUUUGUUGAACGGCAUUGGAUUGAUUGUUUGAAGUGUAAGGAGAAAGGAUACCCGAAUGGACCCCCACGUGACAAGGGCAAAAAGAAAAGAGGUGGAAGACAGCGACGACCUAUGGAUGACAUAUUUGAGAUGACACCAGAGGAAGAAGAAGAGCUUCAAGGACGUCUUUUCUUAUGUAUUACAUGUACAGCAUCUGUUCACGAAGGUUGUCUUGCAGUACCACACAAACGUUUCUUACGUGAAUGCAUCAAAAACGACAAAGAACGCACCGAAUUUCAAUGCGCUUUAUGUCUAUCAGCUAUUGCCAGCAAACCAGAUUGUAUUCCAGCUUGUGAUGGAUGCCAUCAAGUACACAACAUUGCUGAUUUGAAGCUAUUGCCGAAGACAAUGACCAACAUGGCUAGCCCAAGCACGAAUUCAGAUCAACCUCUCAGCGAUAGGGAGAGUCCAACACAAAUUGCAACACCUCCAGAUACCGUGGAUGAUCAUCCUACCGAUCCCAAUGGCCUUUUACGAUGUUCAAUGUGCAGACGUGGAUUUCACGACUCUUGUUUACCAGCUGUCGCCGAUGCUACGAUGUUCGACAAUGAGGAUGUUUUCAAGGGAGCAUCUCGUCAAACGAUCAUACAAACAUGUUUGGAACAACAAAAGUGUACAGAGUGCAUUACAUUCAACAAAAAGGUGGAAAGGAUCGUGACAUGGCGCAUUGCGGGAGAACCAGCUGAUAAGAGACUUGAUAUCACAUUCGAUGCAGCAAAAGGGGCCAAAGAAUAUCUCGUCAAAUGGGUCGACACUUCAUAUCGGCAUCUCACUUGGGUGCCUGAAGAGUGGAUUAGUCGUACAUGCAAACAAUUAUACAACAAAUAUUGCGACCGUGUCAGGCAUUACAAUCACGCGAUUGAAGAAGAUUUGGUCCCCAAAGCAUGGAAGACUGUUGAAAGGAUAUUGACAGCAGUCGAUAUUUAUGGCAAUACGAUCACCAAAGGUCCAGCAAGAAGCGUCCAUAAAAUACUCGUCAAGUUUAAUGAUUUGAACUUUGAUGAAGCUUGUUGGGAUACACCACCACCGGAAGAUUCGGAUUUGUACUCGUUCUUUACCGAUGCCUACAAGCAGUAUUUGCACGCAUGUACAGUGAAGCCGCCUACAAAGAUGAAGCAACGUGUUGAAGAAGUACGCUACGCGGCAACCAGGGAGAAUUAUAGCCAGCACGAGAUUAAGCAACAGCCCAAUUUUAUUGCCGGAGGCACUUUACUACCACAUCAGCUGGAUGGCCUCAAUUGGCUCAUUUACCAGUGGGAAAGAAGUUCACCAUGUAUUCUCGCAGAUGAUAUGGGUCUUGGCAAGACAAUCCAAAUUGUAUCGUUCCUCAACUUGCUGUUCAAAAAGUUUGGCGUGUAUCCGUUCCUUGUCAUUGUCCCAAACAGCACAGCAACCAAUUGGCUUAGAGAAUUCAACAAAUGGGCGCCUGACAUGGUGGUAUCUACGUACUUUGGUUCUGCCAAGAGUCGACGACUUGUGAAACAACAUGAGCUGUUCCGUGGUGGUGAACAAGAUGGGAUACGUGUUCAUGCCGUCAUUCUUACAUAUGAAAGUGCGACAUCGGAUAUUUCAAUCUUUGGAAGAACCAAGUUCUGGCCCGCAAUGGUCGUGGAUGAAGCACAGCGAUUGAAGAACAAUGAAAGCUUAUUGUUUCAAAAGCUAAAGUCACUACAAUGGGAUCAUACUAUUUUGAUGACUGGCACUCCUCUUCAAAACAAUAUCCGAGAAUUGAUGAAUCUCAUGCACUUUGUGGAUCCAGAAAAGUUUGCUGACGUUGAAGCGUUGGAGGCAAAAUACGAGGAGCUUUCACGGGAUGUCGUUCAAGAGUUGCAUGAUCAAUUGAAACCUUAUUUCCUGAGACGGACCAAGGAAUUGGUGCUCAAGAUCCCUCCAAAGUCUGAAAUUAUUGUGCCCGUGAGCAUGACACCACUGCAAAAAGAGGUCUGCAAAGGCCUUUUGGAGAAGAAUUUGAUCUCUUAUGCAAUGCUCGACAAAAGCGACAAGGGCAGCAGCAGCAAAAGCAAGAGCAGUCUCAACAACAUCUUGAUGCAGCUACGAAAGGCGCUCAAUCAUCCAUACUUGAUCCCUGGUAUCGAGUUGCAACAAGAUACACCUGAAACCACUCAAAGGAUUUUGAUUGAUGCCUCGUCCAAGCUUAAAGUGCUCCAUCAAAUGCUUCCCAAGCUCUUGAAAGAUGGCCAUCGUAUCCUUAUCUUUUCGACCAUGCAAUUGACGCUUGAUAUCCUGGAAGACUACUUGAAUUAUGAAAGGGUCAAAUAUGUACGACUUGAUGGUACGACACCAACUAUUGAUCGAGUCAAAAAUAUCGAUGCGUUCAACAAGACAGGAUCAGAUAUCAAUGUCUUUUUGUUGACAACUCGUGCUGGUGGUGUUGGUAUCAAUUUGGCGACUGCUGAUACGGUCAUCUUGUGGGAUUUCGAUCCAAAUCCUCACCAAGAUCAACAAGCUAUUGGACGUGCUCAUCGUUUCGGUCAAACAUCGCCUGUGCUUGUGCUCAAGUUCAUGACACGGUUCUCAGUUGAAGAAAAGAUAGCCCAAAUCGCCAAGAAAAAGUUGGUGCUUGAUCAUUUGGUCGUGAACAGAAUGGAUGAUGAGGAUUUGGAGGAGAAUGAUGUUGAAAGCAUCAUCAAAUUUGGAACACAAGCUUUAUUUGACGACGACAAAUCCAAAGACAUCAUCUAUGAUUCUCAUGCUAUCGACAAAUUAUUGGAUCGCAGCCACAUUAGUAAUGUCGAGACCCCUGAGCAACAUGAGGAAACCGAUGAAAGUCAAAAGGGAUUCUCAUUUUCAUUUGCACGUGUUUGGAAUCAAGACAAGGAAGGUGCUACCGAGGAAUUAGCUGAUGAUACGGGUCCUCGUCAAGAAGAAAAUGAUUUCUGGUCCAAGUUUUUACAAGAAAAGAAGAAGCAAUACGAAGAAGAGCAACAAAAGAAAGAAGCGCUUGGAAGAGGUGCACGAAGACGAGGAAUGAUUAGCUAUCGUGAGGAUUUGCUUUAUGCUAACAGCAGCCAAGAAUCCAACAAGAAGAAACGCAAGCAAGCGACUCAAUCCACAACAGAACCUGAUGGCAAUGGGGAGGAUGGUACCUAUGUGGAUGAGCCCAAUGCGGGUGGUGAGGCUACUGAUAGCGAUGCAACGAUAUCAGACAGCGACUUGUCAGACUUCUUGGGAUCCAAAAAGCGAAAGCAGUUGGCAUCUAUUCCACAAGUUCCACAUCAGCCAUAUGAAUCUCAACCCUCUUCUCAGAUACAAGGUCCAAAUCAGCCAGCUGCCAAGCGACAACGUUCAAAGAAGCCACAGCAACAGUCGCCACAGCAACCACGAUUUCAAAUGUAUUCGCCACCCGCUUUUCAACAUGAACAGCGUAUUAAUUAUCCGCCACCACAGCCACCACUAUCACAACCAUCCAUGCAACCACUAUCACAAUUUGUACAAUUUGACCCAGCAAGACCUCCACCUCAAUUCAAUGUCCCUGUAUCACUUCCAAUGAGACCUUAUUCAAUGCAACCACCGACAAUACCACAAAACAUUCGCCCUGAAAGCUAUAUUCCGCAUCGUCCUCCCUAUCACCUACCACCUCAACCAGCACAAUCACAUCCACAAGUGGGAUCUGCUCCUCAACAUCAAAUACCACCAGCUAUAUAUGAGAACACUGAAAGGGGAGGUGCACGACUUCGUGAAGCAUUAAGUGCUGCUAUUCAACAACGACUCUCAUCACAGCAGCAACAGCAACAUAGAAAUGAGGAUUAUGAAACGAGGUAUGCGCAAGUGCGUGAAGCUAUUCAGCAACGACUAUCCAUGCAACAACAACAUGAGCAUGAGAUUGCUGAAGCGAGGAAUGCUCAAGUGCGUGCUGCUAUUCAACAACGUCUACCUCAACAACCACAACCACAACCACACCAUAGACAUGAGAAUAAUGAAGCUAUUCAACAACAACUUUCAAUGCAGCAGCAGCAGCAGCGUGAACGUGAGAUUACUGAAGCGAGAAAUGCACGACUGCGUGAAGCAAUUCAACAACGACUAUCAAUGACGCCACCACAUAGACAUGAGAAUACUGAAGCAAGAAAUGCGCAAGCGCAUGAAGUUAUUCAACAACGCCCAUCACAGCAGCCACAACAUAGACCUGAGAAUACUGGAGUAGACCAUUCGCAAUUACGUGACGCAUUGAAUAAUGCUAUUCAGCAACGUUUGCAGCAAAUCAACCAAGCUAGAGGGUCGCCUAUUGAUCAACGCAUGGCCAUCCAACAACAAGCUCUUCAAUUGAUCCAAAUGGGAGCGUCAGGGCAAUACGGUGCUAGAAGUGCACAAGAGAUGUUAUACAUUGCAGAGCAAUUACGCAACAAUCCAAAUGCACACGUGCCUCCACAGUACAUUGCUCCAACGGCUCCCUAUUUGCCUAAUACAGCAGCAGCAGCAGCAGCAGCACCAUCAUCUUCAUCACCACAACCACAACCACAACCACAACGAUCAGCAUUCUAUAACGUAGCUAGUCCAUCGGCUCCACAAUCACCAUCAUCACCAUCAUCGUCAGCAAAUCAACAACGCAACACUCCACCACAACAUCCACCAAGGUUCUCAGACGCUAGUCGUCAAUAA